UUUCGCUGUCGUCCUUCAGCGUUCUUCACCGGGUGGAUUGUGGGGUAGUGGAGGACUGUGUCUGUUCGCAAUCAUGGCUGCUGCGAUAAGUUGUUUAAUCUUCCUCUUUGUGUUAGUUUGCCUGUCCGCGGCUGUCUUUGAGGAUCAAGCGGGCAAAUUCGACUGGAGGCAGCAGUAUGUAGGGAAGGUCAAGUUUGCAUAUUUCGACUCGCAGACACAGGCUUCCAGAAAACUUGUGGUGGCCACAGAGCAGAACGUCAUUGCUUCCCUCAAUUCCAGGAAUGGGGACAUCUUCUGGAGACAGGUGGACAAGGCAGGACCAGAGGGGCACAUUGACACUGUACUGGUCCACGGGCAAGAUGCAGUCAUGGUGUCUGGGAACGGUCGUCUGCUUCGGUCCUGGGAGAUCACCGUUGGGGGCUUGAACUGGGAGACAGUGCUGGACACAGGCAGUUUUCAGUGUGCUGAUUUUGUCGGGGUGCAGGAUUCAGUGAAGUACGUAGCUGUCCUGAAGAAAACUGCCAUCUCCCUUCAUUACCUCUCCAACGGGCAUCAAAAAUGGGUGGAGAAUUUACCAGACAGCGAGACGGUUCAGUAUGAGGUGGUUUACUCGGGAGGGAGUGGCUUGGUCUAUGUGCUGGGCGUGGUCCCACACUCACACCUCACUAUUACAGCCUACAAUCUGGAGGAUGGAGAGAUCAUGAAGCAGGUGUCAGUGGAAGCCCUCUGGCUGGAGAGCCUUAAGCCAGGCUGUGCUGUGGUCGGGGAUGGGGUGCUGGUGUGUGCUGACCCAGCCAGCCGCUCCCUGUACACCCUGAAGCUGGAGGAGGAGCACGAGCAGGAGAUGAGACAGGUGCUACUGCAGUCUCUGGAUGUGGAGUUGUCCGAUGGUUUCCAGCCUCGUGUCUUGGCCACCCAGCCCAGCCCAGCUCGGCACCCCAAUGCGGAGUUCUCCCUGCAGCUCAGCCCUGAUCACCACAUCCUGCUGCAGCUGGGGGACGACGUCAUCGCCCCUCUCCGGGACUUCCAGCAGGCUCUUCUGGUGUCUUUUGCUACAACUGGAGAGAAAACAGUGGCAGUCGUCAUGUCGCCUAAAAAUGAAACGGCCUACAGCAUCAACCUCUUCUCAGCGGAUUCAGGGCGGAGACUGCUGGAGACGUCCACAACCUUUAACCUAGACCCCAAUGGUGGGAAGCCUGAGAGGCUCUACGUUCAUGCGUUCCUGAAGAAAGAUGAUUCCGUUGGGUACAGGGUGUUGGUACAGACUGAGGACCAUGCUCUGAUCUUCGUACAGCAGCCAGGGAGGGUCCUGUGGAUCCGGGAAGAGGCUCUGGCUGAGGUGGUUACCAUGGAGAUGGUGGAUCUGCCGCUCACAGGAACACAGGCCGAACUGGAGGGGGAGUUUGGGAAGAAAGCAGAUGGCUUGCUGGGGAUGGUGCUGAAGCGUCUCUCCUCCCAGCUCAUCCUGCUGCAGUCCUGGACGGCGCACCUGUGGAAGAUGUUCUGUGACGCCCGGCAGCCGCGCAGCCUGGUGAAGAACGAGGUCACCAUCGAGACCCUGGCCCGGGAUGAGUUCAACCUGCAGAAGAUGAUGGUCAUGGUGACGGCCUCGGGGAAGCUCUUUGGGAUUGAGAGCAGCUUUGGCACUAUCCUCUGGAAACACUUCCUGCAGAAGGUGCAGCCCAACUCCUCCUUCAAGCUGGUGGUGCAGAGAACGACAGCCCACUUCCCUCACCCUCCACAGUGCACCCUGAUCAUCAAGGACAAGGACACUGGCUUGAGCACUCUCCAUGUCUUCAACCCUAUUUUUGGGAAGAGGAGCCACAUCACCCCUCCCAGCCUGGGCCGGCCCAUCCUGCAGUCCCUGCUGCUGCCCCUCAUGGACCAGGACUACGCCAAGGUGCUGCUGCUCAUCGACAACGAGUACAAGGUCACGGCUUUCCCGUCCGCCAAGCGCGUCCUGCAGCAGCUCCAGGAGAUGGCCUCCUUGGUCUUCUUCUACCUGGUGGACGCAGACCAGGGGAAGCUGUCUGGCUUCCAGCUCCGCAGGGACUUGACGACAGAGCUGAUCUGGGAGGUGGUCAUUCCCACGGAGGUGCAGAGGAUCGUAUCGGUGAAAGGAAAGAGAGCCAAUGAGCACGUCCAUUCCCAGGGGCGUGUGAUGGGGGACCGCAGCGUGCUCUAUAAGUACCUGAACCCGAACCUGCUGGCGGUGGUGACGGAGAGCAGCGACUCGCACCCGGAGCGCAGCUUCGUGGGGAUGUACCUGAUCGACGGGGUGACCGGGCGCAUCAUCCAUGAGGCGGUGCAGAGGAAGGCACGCGGGCCCGUCUACUUCGUCCACUCUGAGAACUGGGUCGUGUAUGAGUACUGGAACACCAAGUCCCGUCGGAACGAGUUCUCUGUACUGGAGCUGUAUGAGGGGACAGAGCAGUACAACAGCACAGCCUUCAGCUCUCUGGACCGGCCCCUGACCCCUCAGGUCCUGCAGCAGUCCUACAUCUUCCCCUCCGCCAUCAGCCAGCUGGAGGCAACCAUCACCGAGAAGGGCAUCACCAGCCGGCACCUGCUGGUGGGAUUGCCUUCCGGGGCCAUACUGUCCCUGCCGAAGAUGUUUCUGGAUCCCAGACGGCCGGAGGUGCCUUCAGAGCAGAGCCGGGAGGAGAAUCUGAUUCCGUAUGCCCCAGAAAUGCCAAUCCGCUCCGAGUGGUUCAUUAACUACAACCAGACUGUUACCCGAGCCAAGGGGAUCUACACUGCCCCCUCUGGUCUGGAGUCCACAUGUCUUGUGGUGGCGUAUGGCCUGGAUAUCUAUCAGACCCGGGUCUACCCCUCCAAGCAGUUCGACGUGCUGAACGAUGAUUACGACUACAUGCUGAUCAGCAGUGUCCUCUUCGGACUGGUCUUCACCACCAUGAUCAGCAAGAGGCUGGCUCAGGUCAAGCUGCUGAACCGUGCCUGGCGGUAAGAGGGAGCUGGAGCCAGACCUCCUCCCAGCGGAGCACCACCCUCCCAUUACUUUACACUGGCCGCUUCCAACUUCGCUUCCCAGGGCUACUGAUGGUCCAGAUCGUUUUACAUUUCAACCGGUCCAACCUGCUUUUAAAACCCCCUGUAGAAAAGGUCCCCCUCUAAUCCCUGUACAAUCUGUGUGUAAAUAUAUGUGUGUUUCAAUGUCAAGACAUGGAGAUACGAAGACCACCUGUCCAUAAGCAUCUUUUACCUCUCUAGACAGUUGAUAUAAUCAGGGUUAUUUAUUUUAAAUCCGCAUAGAUUUCCAAUGAACAAUAUUAAGUUAUUGUGAGGUUCUAAGUAUGUCCCAUAUAUAUAUAUUUAAUCUGUGUUUUGAUUUUAGGUUUAAAAGAAAUGCAGAGAGGUUUUAUUUAGGACCCGAUUGAAACAAAAAAUAAAAAUGGACAUUUGGUUUUCCCUGGGGACCAGCCACUAAUUUUAAGGGAAGAAACUGAAGCUGGUCAUCAACAUACUGUACCUGAGGACACAGCAACCUGCACAUCAACUAGAAAUGUGCAGCAAUGGGAUCACACACUGACUGCACACCUUUCGGUUUUACUUUGUAAUGCAGUAUUUUUUUUAUUUAACACAAAAAGAACCCGGUCUUGCUUAAAUAAAUAAAAAAAAAUAACUGUUUUAUUAUUAAUCAGCCAGGUUAUGGCACCCAGCCGUGUGAUUUGAAAAAUAAUGAUUUUCUUUUCUUUCAUGAACUUCCCCAUGUUUAUUGUAAGCACACCAUUGUCUUCACUUACAAUUAAGUGAAAUCAGUGUUUAUUGUGUAUGGAAAAGGGUAUUUAUUGUUUCAAAUAUGUCCUGUAACUUCUACAUCUUACAUCAAACAAUGCUAUUCUUAUUGAGAGAGGUAAAUGGGCUUGGUUGAAGCAGCCUGUAAUAACAUAACCUUAAUGUUACUACCAGACAGGUUGGAUUACCAUGGCAACACCACUUUAAAAGAUUGCUUUAGGCUGCCAGUUUAAAAAUAAUAAUGUCAAAUAUUUCAAGGAUUGGUAUGUAGUUUUGUAUGUUGUUGUUUUUUUCCCUGCCAUUAAUAAAGGCCUGUAGGAUGUGUCAAAUAAAUUAAACAUCGAGGUGGUGAUGGUCUCAGAAGAGAUUGUUGGUUUGUCUUUCUUUUUAAAGUGUAAUUAAAUGAUGAAACUGUGCUCCUUGUUGAGGUCUCAUGAGCGUGUUUCUGUUGCUUGUGGUCUUGGAUGGAAUUGUUACAACCGUGGAGGUUGACUGUUAUCAUGCACAGGGUUAGCCUUACCAAGUAAGAAGAUGCUGUACCAAACCUUCAGUUGUGUGACCUUACCACCAGGGAAAGUGGCGUUUCACUCACUGUCCAACGAAGAGGCUCGUCCAGAGGUGUCCAAUCCUGGUCCUGGAGGGCCGCAGUCCCUCCUGGUUUGUGUUCCAACUGUGCCCUAAAUUACUCAAUUAGAACAAUAAUUGGUCCAAUUAAGUAAUUUAGGACACAGUUGGAACACAAACCAGGAGGGACACCGGGCCUCCAGGACCAGGAUUGGAGACCCCUGGGCUAUUCCAUUGAAGAGGUGUAUUUCUAUUUAAACAAAUGUUCUAAUUAAGCUGUUAGUAGGCAAUGGUCUCGUUAUUGACCUCUGAAGUGCAUCUGUCUAACUCCCCCCCCCCCCCCCCCUUUUUUUUUUCUAAAGAAUGUACUGAUGUCAAAGUUACUUUGGGGGGGGGGGGGGGGGCACUGGUCUUUUUAAGGAAAUUUAAUUGAUAGAGUGAAAGAAAUGCCUGUUUUUAAUUUGCAGUCAGAUCAGGAUUGUGUGUGUAAUGAUUUAAUAAACAGCCCUUUGGACUGAAUGCACGGAAUAAAGAUUUGACUUGAGAACUGAA